AUGCCCAACGAACGUCGUACGCGCCGACCACUUCCCGAACGACUACAGUCGACAACAAGCAUAAAGUAUUCAUUGCGUUCGCACUCUUCUUCUUUUGAAGCAGAUGACGAGCGAUCGAGCUCCGACGUUGAAAGAACCAUGGGUUCAGAUCUCGGAGGUCAUCGACGCGCGGGGUCACAGUAUGCUGGGGAAGAUACGAGGCUGACCAGCAAACGCGAGUUGGCAGGAUGGUACGCCUACGGGUUUGCAGCUGAGGUCUUUGUUAUUUGCGGCAUGGGGUCUUUCAUUCCCAUCACACUCGAGCAACUGGCAAGAGAAAAUGGCGUCCUGCUGUCCGAUAGAACGACUCCUUGCGUCGCCACUUCCACCCACCCCAACUCGACUGGGAAUGCGGCCUCGUUACUUUCCCGUGGGAACCAUGUUCCCGAACCAGACCAAUGCGUCGUAUACUUUCUUGGAAUGGAAAUCAACACUGCUAGCUUCGCGAUGUAUUCGUUUUCUCUGUCGGUCCUGUUUCAGUUCCUCGUCGUUAUCUCCAUAUCAUGCGCAGCGGACCACGGCAAUUAUCGGAAGAGGCUGCUCUUGAUAUUUGCAUGGACGGGGUCUAUUGCUACGAUGCUCUUCCUACCGGUUGUCCCUUCGGUAUACCUGAUAGGUGCUCUACUCGGCAUCAUCGCAAACACAUGUUUGGGCGCAUCCUUUGUCCUGCUGAACUCCUUUCUACCAUUACUGGUCAGACACCACCCUGAAGUACAAGAUGAGGAUUUAGACUCCGACGAGCAAUAUACAGAGGAUGAAGAAUCAAUUGCUGAAGACGAACCUCCGCUCGGUCUUACAAAUUCGACAAGCGCCCUCCUAAACCCAACCCCUCUGGCCGUGCCAGCUACAUCAACUGCUCUCAAGCUCUCAACUCAGAUAUCCAGUCUAGGUAUUGGGAUCAGCUAUUCUGCUGCCCUUUUUGUCCAAAUAUUAUCAGUCUUGAUCCUUUUCGGACUGGGGUCAUCCACAUUCUCUCUCCGACUCGUCCUCUUCCUGAUUGGUCUUUGGUGGUCCGUAUUCACAAUACCAGCCGCCCUCUGGCUCCGGCCUCGCCCAGGACCACCUCUACCUACGAAUAUGGCAACCUCCGGAGUAACAUAUAUCAAACACUCAUGGGCGUUACUAUAUAGGACUAUCCGCCUUACUCCCGCUCUACCAGAUAUCCUUCUCUUCCUCGCAUCAUGGUUCCUCCUAUCAGACGCCAUCGCCACCGUGUCUGGAGUCUCAAUUCUCUUCGCCAAAACCUCGCUCGGCAUGCCCCCUCUCGCGUUGGCAGGGAUCUCCGUGCUCGUCACCAUUUCGGGUCUUAUAGGAGCAUUCACAUGGCCGCACAUCUCCCGCUACCUUAAACUGACUCCAUUGCAUACGAUUCUCGCCUGCAUAUUCCUAUUUUCUCUCAUCCCGCUGUACGGUCUUCUCGACUAUAUCCCAAUCUUCUCCACACUCACAAGGCCAUGGGAAAUGUACCCUCUCGGGCUCCUCUAUGGCUUUGUCCUCGGCGGACUGUCGUCAUACUGCCGAAGUCUCUAUGGCGAACUGAUCCCUCCUGGAUACGAAGCUGCGUUUUACGCUCUGUAUGCGAUCACGGACAAGGGAAGCAGCGUGUUUGGACCCGCAAUUGUUGGAAUGAUCGUCGAUCGAACGGGCGGUAUUAGACCGUCGUUUUGGUUUCUGCUCUGUUUAAUCGUCGCUCCAGGGUUUAUAUUCGUGUGGAUUGACGUGGAUAGAGGAAGGAAAGACGGGCAAAAGAUAGGCGUGUUGAUUAAAGCGGCUGAUGGCAUAGGAGGCACGGAGGAUGACGACGCUGAAGAGGCCCUCCAUCUGGCCAAUGACAGCGAGGAAGAGUUUGAGAGUCACUCUGGGAGGUGA